GUGUUCCAGGGAGGUCUCCGAUGGAAAGUGCGCCUGAGAUUCGGAGAUUUCUGAAGGGCAAGGUGUUGUGUUUACACAGAGUGUACAAAUAGUGGUGGCACCAGCUUGUUAUCUCAACCCUGUCCACACCAGCAGAAACUACAGGAACAACACAAUGGUGCUCAAUGACACGCUGAUACAUAAAGUGCUGGAGAAAUACUACUUGUCACCAUCCUAUGCAAUUGAGUUCUGCAUUGGCUUCCCAAGCAACCUGGUGGUCAUACUGGGCUACAUAUUUUGCUUGCAGGAGUGGCAGAGCUGUAAUAUUUACAUCUUUAACCUGGCUGUCUCUGACCUUAUUUUCCUCUGCACUCUGCCACACCUCUCCUACAUUUAUGCAAAUGACUACAGCGUCACAGUUCCUGCCAUUUGCGUUAUCAACCGCUACGUCCUGCAUGUCAAUCUCUACUCCUCCAUCCUCUUCAUGGUUUGGAUCAGCAUGGAUCGUUUCCUGCUCAUAAAACAUCCGAUGAGAAGCCACUACCUGCUGAGACCAAGAGUAGCCCUGGUUGUUACAGGCUUGACCUGGCUGGUUGUAAAUGUGGAAGUUAGCCCAAUGAUAGCCUUGAUGGUUCAGGACUUACAGAGACAGAAUUGGAGCCGCUGCAAGGAUUUCGCUAGCCUUAAAGGAGAUGUUAAUCCAUUGGGCUACAGCUUGGGUUUAACCAUAACUGGCUACAUUAUCCCUCUGCUCGCACUUUGUGUCUUCUCCCAGCAAAUUUCACAUUUGCUCCAUAUACAGGAACGAGCUGUAAAGCAUAAAACGUCCUACAAGAGGCCUCUCAAAGUUGUUACGUCAGCCGCUGUCAUGUUCCUCGUCCUCUACACCCCCUACCAUGUGCUGAGAAAUGUCAGAAUUGCAUCUCGGGAGUCCUGGGCUGGGCUUCACAGUUCCGAUACAACAGUUUACAUAAAAGUGAUGUACAUCGUGGCCCGACCGUUGGCGUUUUUGCACAGUGUCAUUAACCCAGUCUUCUAUUUUCUUAUGGGCGACAAGUUCAGAGAACUUCUUAUCUCUAAAAUCAGAAAGAUAACCAGAAAGAGAGAACUGAGAAGAGAGCCAGCCUGAGCAUGUUUAACACCUUGCGCACAAUAAGUCUUGCACACAAACAUAGGCUUUCCCUGUAUCAAACACAUGCUUCUCAGAAUGUCAGAUGCGUAAUGACUCAUACUCUUAAAAUGUAAAUGAUCACAGUCACUAUUUUGUUGCCUGUAGAAAAGUCAUGAUCGUAUUGUCUUAAAAACAUAUGAAUAUAUUUACAUUUUGUCAAAGUUUAGAGCUUAUCUGUAGGUUGUUAAUGUAAUAUAACUUGUGUUGUUAUGUCUAGUAGGUGAUGACAUUGAAUUGUCUUUUAUUUCUGUAAAUAGAUAGGCAGGCAGAAAAAAGUUGUACAUUUUUAGAUAUUAUGUCCCG